CAACAGCUGACAAGUUUAUUUUGUUUCUUUCACUUCAAUGUUCGAAAAAUUAAUUACCUUAUUUUGUAUAUUAAAUAAUUAGUAGUUAUAAAUUGUAGUUAGCAUGUUUUCCUUUUUGAAAAGCCGACCCGUAUUUUGGGCAAGUGUCACGGGAACCACGGUUGGAGUGGCGUUCUUUAUCAAGGAUUUGAUGCAAGGUGAGAAGUUCAACAAUCCGGUAAAGGCAGAAAACAAAAUCGUAAUUGUGACUGGGGCAAAUACGGGCAUCGGUAAAGAGACCGUGCGCGAGUUGGCUAAACGCGGUGCCACCGUUUACAUGGCCUGUCGCGAUAUGCCGAAAUGCGAAGAGGCCCGUGAUGAAAUCGUUUUAGAGACCUAUAACAAACACGUCUACUGCCGGCAGUGUGAUUUAGCAUCGUUGGAGUCGGUGCGUAAAUUCGUAGAGAGUUUUAAAAAGGAACAACAACGACUGGAUAUUCUGAUUAACAAUGCCGGUGUAAUGCGUUGCCCGCGUUCACUGACGAAGGAUGGCUUUGAAAUGCAGCUAGGCGUCAAUCAUAUGGGCCACUUCCUACUUACAAAUUUAUUGCUAGAUUUGAUAAAAAAAUCUACACCGAGCCGCAUUGUGACUGUUUCUAGUUUGGCGCAUACGCGCGGUGAAAUCAAUGUAGCAGAUUUAAAUAGCGAUAAUUCGUACGACCCUGGCACGGCUUACAAUCAAAGUAAAUUGGCAAACGUGUUAUUUACGCGUGAACUCGCUAGGCGUUUAGAAGGUACUGGAGUUACGGCUAAUGCGUUACAUCCCGGCGUAGUCGAUACGGAACUUUUCAGACAUAUGGGCUUCUUUAAUAGUUUCUUUGCAAAUUUAUUUUUCAAACCUUUGUUUUGGCCCUUCAUUAAAUCUCCUCAAAAUGGUGCUCAAACCACACUUUAUGCUGCCCUGGAUCCGGAAUUGGCCAAAGUAUCUGGAAAAUACUUCAGCGAUUGCAAUUUAAAAGAGGUAGCACCCGCGGCAUUGGACGAUACUUUAGCAAAGUGGCUGUGGGCCGUAAGCGAAAAGUGGACUAAGCUGAAUAAUUAAGUUUAUAAUUGUAUAAAUUUAGUAUAUAAAAGACUUUAUUUUGCAAAAUA